AUGCACUUCAUCGGGGGACAUAGGUAUAAGAAGUCCACGGCAUGCUUGAUGAGCAUCAAGCAGAGAGAGGACGAGACGCUGAGAUCCUAUAUAACCCGCUUCAAUAAGGAAGCACUCUCAAUCGAUGAAACCGAUGACAAAAUACUUGUAGUAGCCUUCACAAAUGGAUUGUGGAAGAGUAAGUUUUUGUUCUCCUUGUACAAGAACGACCCAAAGAUCAUGUCAGAAGUACUCUACAGGGCCACCAAGUACAUGAAUGCUGAAGACGCGCUGCUGGCUCAGGAGGCAAAGCUCAGGAAGAGAGAAAGGCAAGAAGACACACGGCAGGACCAAGGGCGGAAAAAGGUAAGAACAGGAGACCAAAGGGAUGAAAGGCGCUCUAAGCCCCUUGGAGGAAGGUUCACAAGAUUCACUCAAUUGACCACCUCGAUAGAUCAAGUUCUAAUGCAAAUCAAGGAUGAAGGGGCUUUGACAUUCCCCGGAAAGGUGAAAGGAGACCCUAACAAGCGAUCUAGAGACAAAUAUUGCCGCUUCCACCGUGACCACGGUCAUGACACAGCCGAUUGCCAUGACUUAAAGCAGCAGAUUGAGGCCUUUAUCAGAUAA